CGCCCGGUGGCAAAGAUGUCGGCUUCCUUAGUCCAGGCCACCGUCCGGGCUGUGAGCAAGAGGAAGCUGCAGCCCACCCGAGCCGCCCUCACCCUAACACCUUCAGCAGUAAACAAGAUAAAGCAGCUCCUUAAAGAUAAGCCUGAACACGUAGGUGGGAAAGUUGGUGUCCGAACCAGAGGCUGUAAUGGCCUUUCUUACACUCUAGAAUAUACGAAAAUAAAAGGAGAUUCUGAUGAAGAAGUUGUUCAAGAUAGAGUCAGAGUGUUCAUUGAAAAGAAAGCACAGCUAACACUUUUAGGAACAGAAAUGGACUAUGUUGAAGACAAAUUAUCCAGUGAGUUUGUGUUCAACAACCCAAAGAUCAAAGGAACUUGUGGCUGUGGGGAAAGCUUUAAUGUUUGA